AUGUUCUCCAAUGCCACGACAUCAACACCGGCCGUCCCUUCACGCAAUGCCCUUCGUGUACUUCGCCAAUUGGCCUUCGCAGGGUCUGUCGGCACAUUUUGCACCGUGGCCGCUAUAACCUACGAUGUCCAUCGACGAAUCCGUGUGGCUGAGCAAAUCAUCGAGAACAAACGUACGCUCCGAACUUCGGCACCGAACUACGAUGCAACAGCUUCUGCCAAACGCCUUGCAGUGAUGAUGGAGGCAGCAGAGGCUGGUGAGUUCAUGGGACUGGAAUCUCUUAAACACAGACCUAUGCCACAGAGUCAGGGUGAGGUGCCCGGGUUUAACUUGGAUCAGAGCAUUCCCGAACAUGAACAUGAAAGUGGAAUGUCACAUCCUCAGCAGUACUCAAUACAUAAUCAUCCUCCUCUGAAUAUGAACAACCGACCUCAAUCCAACAUUCCAUUCACCUACGUUGACCCGAGAAGCAACCACCAAAAUCGAGUCGCCAUGGAUCGGGAGUACGAAGAGGACGAGGCUCGGCGUGUGGAGGGUAUGCCUUCAACUGAAGAGUCAAUACAACGGCUUCUCAAACAGGAACGAGUCAUUGAUGCCGCGAACCUGUUUCUGAAGGUCACCACUCAUAAUAAAGACGAGGCUAUUUCAUGGAGCAGGCGAGCGCUUGGUUACCAAAUAUUCACUGCAAACUGCAAGGCGGGUAAUGUUUUCAUUGCAAGGUCCAUUUACCGUCGCAUUGAACUAGUAUCAGUUGUAGACACACAGCUGUGGUCUUCCAUGAUUACUGUUCUUGCCAAGGAGGGUCAUAUCGAAUCUGCAGCUACCAUCUACGAAAAAUACCGUGAUACAUUUACACUCCCCGAACACCUGCUUGAAGUUGUCAUUCGCUUAUUGAUGGAGUCCAACCGGUUAUCGCAGGCCAAGUGGCUCUUCUACACUCGCAUAUCAAAUGACCGAAAUGGCGGACUUUGCGGGAUAUACUUGGAUGGGUUAUGGAAAAGGACUCGGAAUGUUGAUUUGGUCAAUGUUGAAUUCCGGAAGGUUCUGGCAGAGCUCAACCAGCUUGGGCGAAAGCCAACGUCGAAGGUAUUCAAUGCGCUGGUCAAGGCAUAUAUUGAAGCAGGACAGUACGAGGAUGCGGAAGCUGUGGUCGGUGAUAUGCACCAAAAAUUUGACGUCCAGCCUGGAUGCCGUACCCUUGGUCUUCUGGUACAUUGCAGAGCCCUGCAAUGCGAUUGGACCGGUGUCCUUGAUGGAAUGCGAGAAAUGCAUGACCUGGGAUUCACCAACGACAAGCCCAACUUCAAUCGGGCCUUUGAUCGGGUUUGGCUAGAGUACUGGCCUGUUCACUCGGGUACUGAGGUGUGGAAGUUUCUGGAGGUUUGCAUUAGAGAGUUCAAGAUUCGACCUGAUGAAGUCCUCCACCGACACAUGCUUGAAGGUUUGGUGGAGCGAUGUGACAGCGAUGUCAUCCAGCAGUUUAAUACCCUUGCCGACAACUACAAGUGGAAAUCUGGCAUCAAUCAAGACACAAUGAUGAGAAUUCUAGCAGAACGUCGGGCGGCUAUGCAGGACAGCCCUACAGGACUCUGGAAUAUGAUGCAAGCGGCGAAGAAACAAUACAGAAUGGUCGCCAUGUCCAGGCGUAUCAUGGGUGUUGGUGCUGAAUACUACCGCAUCGAGAAAAACAGCACGUCACCAAUCCAGUACGAAGCCAAAAAGUCCUUCCAUCAGAGCAUGAGUGAUCUGCAGCAGAAAAGCUCCAUCAAUCUAUACAUUCCCAUCAUCCAAAGAAUGGAACACUAUAUUCAUGUCGGCAAAUACCUCGAGGUGGAGGAGCUUCUUGAACAGGCAGUCGGCAAGGGUUACCCCGUCAAGCCCCUUCAAAUCGAACUCGGCGUCAUCGCUUCACUUCUCCGUCGCGGUGCAAGUGCUGUUCGCCCAUCCAAGCUUUUGAUCAAGAAGCAUUGGCUUUCUUGGAACAACGAUUUGUAUACCGACGCCAACUCCGUCCACCGCAAUCAUCGUUUUGCACCCAUCUUCUUCCAGCAAGUCAUGCAAUUGGAACAUAAUCGAGUGAGUGAUAGUACAGUUGUGAAGUUGGCUCUCUUCAGAUUCUACGAGAUCUGUGUCGAAAACGAGCGACUCAACUUCAAGCACCAUGCUUCUGCCGCUGUUGCCCGUCGUAUGAUCUCCAUGCGUCGUCCUUUUGUCGCCAUCAGCCUUCUUUCAGCUAUUUACAUGUCAAAAUGGCGCAAGAUCUAUGGUUUCAACCAAGUUCAACUCAAGAUGCUCCUGCGUGCUUUCACACAUGUUGGUAAUGCCCGCGGUAUCUGGUGGUGUAUGAUGACUGUCCUCUCUCGCGACGAGCCAGUCAGUCGUGACUUUGUCGUUGAGGCCGAACGACUAGUACCUUAUAUGGAGCAGGGAUACUCUGCGUCUAGUGUGGAGACUCUGCAGGCGAUCCUCACCGCACUGCAAGAGAAGCAUGGUGGAUCCAAGUACUGGUCCCAAUUCGCGGCUGACCCAGAGCUGAAGAAGGCAUCCCGGAACCGAUCUUCUAUGUCACCUAUUAGCGCUGAUGGUCCUGGUGUGUACAAACAGGAGCUGCCUACAGGCCCACUUGAAGCAGAGAUUAUAGAGUUUGACGAGGAGAUGCAAUUUGAUUUCCUGUCUUGUCGCCAGCAGCUCUCUCGGCCGCAGUUGGUGGAGGCAUGGAAUGAACGAUCUGUCAUCCGCGACGCCUCUAAGGUGCCGGAGCAUCCUCAAUACCCCCAGCCCAUGGGAUCAUCUGAAGGGCAGUCGAAGGGAGGUGCCAGGAAAACAAACCCUGAAGAAGCUUCCGAGGGGGAGCAAGUACACAGUCAUACGCAAAGGUCUAAACGACGGCAUGAGAAGCCUGCAGUCAAGAAGACUUCCUCAAGGAGUGAAGAAUGGACUGAAGUACAAGCUUAA